AUGGUUGUGUACUUUAAACGACGGUCAAGAGACUCUGCAGACACUGACAAAUACCUUGCCCUGUUUUACACGAUUGUGACCCCCAUGCGCAACCCCGUCAUCUAUAGCCUGAGGAAUAAGGAACACACCCCCAUGUACUUCUUCCUCCUCAGCCUCGCCCUCCUCGACCUGGGCUGCAUCUCCACCACUCUCCCCAAAGCCAUGGCCAAUUCCCUCUGGGACACCAGGGCCAUCUCCUACUCGGGAUGUGCUGCCCAGCUCUUUCUCUUUCUGCUUUUGAUAUCAUCAGAAUAUUAUCUUCUGACAGUCAUGGCCUACGACCGCUACGUUGCCAUCUGCAAACCCCUGCACUAUGGGUCCCUCCUGGGCAGCAGAGCUUGUGUCCACAUGGCAGCAGCUGCCUGGGGCAGUGGCUUUCUCAAUGCUCUCCUGCACACGGCCAAUACAUUUUCAAUACCCCUCUGCCAAGGCAAUGCCCUAGACCAGUUCUUCUGUGAAAUCCCCCAGAUCCUCAAGCUCUCCUGCUCAGACGCAGACUACCUCAGGGAAGCUGGGCUUAUUCUAUUCAGUGCCUGUUUAUUCUUUGCCUGUUUUGUUUUCAUUGUGGUGUCCUAUGUGCAGAUCUUCAGGGCUGUGCUGGGGAUCCCCUCGCAGCAAAGACGACACAAAGCCUUUUCCACGUGCCUCCCUCACCUGGCCGUGGUCUCCCUCUUUAUCAGCACUGCAGUAUUUGCCUACCUGAAGCCCCCCUCCAUCUCCUCCCCAUCCUUAGAUCUGGUGCUGUCAGUUCUGUACUCGGUGGUGCCUCCGGCAGUGAACCCCCUCAUCUACAGCAUGAGGAACCAGGAGCUCAAGGAUGCCCUGAGGAAA